UCCCCCCGCAGCCCCCCCGCCACAUGGCGCGGGAGGAGCCGCCCGGCGGCGGGCGCAGGCGCCGCAGCGCUCGCCUCAGCGCCAUGGCCCGCGGCGCGCCGGCGGCGGUACUCGGAGCUGUUGCUUGCCUUUGCUUCCUGGCCCCGGCGGCUGAGGGCUUCAAGAAGAGGGGACCCAGCGUGACAGCAAAGGUGUUCUUUGACGUGAAGAUUGGAGACAAAGAUGUUGGCAGAAUUGUAAUUGGAUUGUUUGGAAAAGUUGUCCCAAAGACUGUGGAGAACUUCAUUGCACUGGCAACAGGAGAAAGAGGAUAUGGAUAUGCAGGAAGUAAAUUUCAUCGUGUGAUCAAAGACUUCAUGAUUCAAGGAGGAGACUUUACAGCUGGAGAUGGAUCAGGAGGAAGAAGCAUCUAUGGAGAAAGGUUUCCAGAUGAGAACUUCAAGCUCAGACACUAUGGAAUUGGAUGGGUUAGCAUGGCUAAUUCUGGCCCAGACACCAACGGAUCCCAGUUCUUCAUCAGCGUGACAAAGCCGUCCUGGUUAGAUGGAAAACAUGUAGUAUUUGGCAAAGUCCUUGAUGGAAUGUCUGUGGUGCACUCGAUAGAACUCCAGCAGACAGAUGAACAUGACCGGCCCCUUCAAGACUGCGUGAUUGUGAACAGUGGCAAAAUAGUGGUAAAAGAACCAUUUGUAGUUGAAGUGGGUGACUGGUGAGACCAAGUGUCAGAAUGGAAAGUAAAUAAAACUUAAUCAGUCUUCUUUAAGGCCUGUUUUUGACCAAUCUCAAUUGAGUUUUUUGACUCAGAAAAAUGUCUAUUGAGUUUUCUUCUCAAAAGAAAUGAGGCUAUAUUUAGACAAUACUUAUUUGCCAGAUACAUGAAAGAUACAACCAUUUCUGUAACAACUUGAUGGACCUGUCAGUCCUUGAAAUUCAGGACAUAUCCCACUAGAUCUUGCAGAAGAAGUUUUUAAUGAAAAACUUUACAAGUACUUCUGCUUUUUCAGGGUUUGAAAUAGUCACUUUUGUUCUCUUCGGAAAUUUGUUUCUUCCUUUUCAACUGAAAAUACUAUUUUCUGUAACAGUAUAAGCAUUUUUUAAAAUGGAAAAAAAAAUUAAAAUACAGAAGUGUUUUGAGUAAAUAAACUGAUUUCAAAUAAAUACUUAAUUAUGA